AACGAGCAGAGAAGGUUCGGGAAACGAGCAGAAUAUUCGUUUACUCUGAUUCAAGCCUAAUACGGGAAACACUUCUGGUGAUAUGAAGUGAUUGUCUAAAAAGGGACCACGAUGGUGAAAAUUGCUCUCCAGUUGAAGGCAGUGCUGGAGAACAUCACCAACCUCCGACCUGAGGGUGAGGAUUUCCGCUGGUACCUGAAACUGAAGUGUCUGUCCUGUGGAGAGGUCAGCGAGAAGUGGCAAUAUGUCACACUAGAGGAAUCUACCCCACUGAAAGGAGGGCGCGGCCACGCCAACCUGGUCUCCAAAUGCAAACUGUGCGGGCGCGAGAACAACCUGGACAUCCUGCAGGACAGCAUCCAACCGUACUGCGCCGACAACACCGAGGAAUUCCGAACCAUGGUCGUGUUCGAGUGCCGCGGGGUUGAACCCGUGGAUUUCUCCCCCAGGGUGGGGUUCGUGGCGGAAGGAGCGGAAUCGGGAUUGAAGUUUGACGAAGUCGAGCUCACGGAGGGAGAGUGGAUGGACUACGACGAGAAUGCGCAACAACCAGUGGGAAUCACGGAAAUAGAGCAUCGCUUUGUGAAAGCGUGAAAGUAGCGACGUCGCUUUGAACUAUGACCUAUGACUGGUCAUAAGACCAAGAAAUGCUUAAUUUUUUUUUAUAGAUACAAUACUGUAAAUGCAGAAACUUUUGUGGUGGUUUAUUGUUUGCAGUUUUCAAGGUGGCCGCUCCACCGCGAACUUAAAACCACUGCAAACAUUUUUCCAUGGCAGAAAGAGACUACAGUGCAUGGUGCUACUGUGAACUUAAAACCACCAUGAAAAGUCCCUUUUCCCACUGUCGCGAAAUUAAAUCCCCGCAAAUUUAAAUCCCUGCAAAUUUAAAUGCAUUUACAGUAUGACCUAUGACUGGUCAUAAGACCAAAAAAUGCUUAUUUUUAUAGAAUACAAUAAUUGUUGUCAUAGAUAUAUGACCCUUUUCUUGUUAUAUUCUACUUUCUGUACUGUAGAUAUUUUGUUUGGGUUAUUUCUCAGAAAAAAAUCUUCAAACCUUGUGACAAUGUUGCCAGGUGCUGUUUGCAAUGAAUGUGCAAAUAAAACAUAAGAUGUCUUAUAUAAAUAGAACAUUAAUAGGCAUGUUUAGUUAUCAUGCCAAUUAUAUAUGAAACAAAUUGUUAUUCCACUUUCCAACCUUUGCUUAUGAAUAAAAUAGACUGCUGUAUUGUC